ACUGCGAGAAGAUGAGGCGGGGUGGGGGACCUGUUCUAUUUGAUCAAUUCCCAAAUAAGAAAGGAGGCCGGCACACUCUCCAUUUAAUUAGCAGACAGGCAAUAUAUUUCGCAUGAGGGUGAGAGUUGACGUCACGGCCCGUGUCAAUAUUUGAUCUCCCGGCCAAUAGGCAAACAAAAUGGCAGCUAUUAUUUAUUUCUCUGCAAUUUUUCUUUUAAAGACAAUGUUGAUAAAUCCUGUCAAAAGAGCACAAACUUCUUUUGAGGCUUAAAAUAAUAAAAAAAAAAAAGGGGGGGACAGGCGAGACGAUGAGUUAGCGACAAGUCGGCGACCGCAAUUGGAUGUUAAAAAACAAGAGGGCAGGAAAAGUUGGUGUAGCGUUCAUAAUGACACCAGAGAACAGUCUAAUCAUUCCUCGGUGUCCAGUCAUCUACGAUUCGUUGACUCCUUUCAACACAUUUUCUCUGUCUCUCUCCCACCACCAACUUCCUGCCCUUCAAUCUCAGUCGGAAUGUUCGACCGAGAAUCGACCAAGAAAAUCGGCUAGUCACGAACAGAUGAAACGGGCGGGUGGAGUAUCAAUCGCUUUGGUGGCGUUGUUGCUGGGCGUGGCCGGCGCCAAUAACGGAGUUCUAAUCAAAUCGAAAUCGGGACAGCCACUGACAUCGAGCACUCUGCACUGGGUGGCCGUGACGGCGGGCAGGAUGCCAGAAGACGCCGUCGAAGGCGGCCACGGAACGUACGUGUGCCGGUUCCAGCACGUCGGGCGGCUCGAGAUCGGCGCCACGGACGAGGAAGAAUCGAGCAGCUGCAGGAUCGUCUACUACGGCCGCAUCAUCAUCCGAGAUAAAUUCGAGGUACUCGUCAACGUCCAGCAAGCCGGCCGGCUGGUGUGGACCAAAUGGGACCGCUCGCAAAUGUCCUUCGUCGGCGCCGUCCAAGUCGGCGAACAAUACGUCGGUCGCGUCAAAACGGCCGACGGCUACAGGCUGGGACAUCUCGACCCGACGGUCCAGCGCGGACGCAUCUUCACCAUCGACCACGCCCAAGAUCAGGUGGUCGAGUCGAGCGAAGGUGAGAUCCUGCUAGAAAUGGAGGCCAUCGACUACGAACUGGGACCGCUCCAAGUGGUCCGCAACAGGCGCAAAAUUCAGAGCCAAGAGGACGUCCGUCUUGCUCACACCAUCUUGGACAACAUGACGGAAGACGGACCCGUCACCGAGGAGACGAACGUUGCGUCCACUCUGUCCUACGUCGUCACCCAUUCGGCCUAUCUAAGCCACGUUCGCGGAAUGAUUAAAGGAUUGCCGGCCAGCGUUCAUCUGGGCGGAGACAGCGGCGGUGGCGGCACUGUCCACUUCCGAUGGGGCGAUUCCACCAUCUCGGGAUCGUUCCCGCAGCUGAUGGACGUCUCGCAUCGGCUCGAGCCCGGAACGGCCGUCAACGUCUCGCUAACGGCUCGGCGGGUCACGUUCGACGCUCCGUUCAGCGCCCGUCUGGGCAGCACCUACUCGGACCAGUACGUCGGUCGGAGGCAGAUCGAAGGUCAAUCGAGACAAACGAUCCUGGAGGACAUCCAGCUGCACUACGGCGACGUGUACUAUUUGAGCAACGGGUCGCUGGUGCCCAGCACGACGACCUCAUCGACCACGAGUUUACCGACAUCGACGACGACAGCGCCGAGCCAUUCGGCGUCGACGACGCAAUCGCAGCCGAGUUCGUCCGUCACUUCGCCGCCCAGUCUCAAGCAGACGAAAGAAACGUUGGAAUUGAAGAGCCGCAACGUGUCCAGCGGCGGCCAGACGUUAUCGACACCUUUCGUCUUAUAUACCGGCUUCCUUGCAUCGCUCAUUAUCUUUAUCGGCCGAUGAACAAGAAGAUGGAGAACAAGACAUAGUAACCAGUUCACCACCUUUUAAUUUAGUGUUCAGUCCUGCCCUUCCUAACACAUACCACACACACAAAAAAACAAAACAAGGGGGAAUUCUUUUUUUAAAAAACAAAACAAAUCCUGUGAUCGCACUGUAGAUGUGUCCAAAAUCUCAGCCUCCCCCCGCCCCAAACCUCCCCCCUCUCAGAUAUUGUAGUGCAAGUCCAACAUCAGGGCAACAAAAACAAGAGGAAAUUGUGUGCAGCAUUGAUUUAAAAAAAAAAAGAGAGAGAGAGAGAGAGAGAAAAAAGACCUGUGCCAAUAGAUCUGUUUAAAAGCGUUUGUCCAGACGGAUGGAUUUUGCGCGGCUAAAUUCCCAUUUUGAUUCUUCCUUUUUCUUUUCUUUUGCUUAACAAUUUUGUUUGUUGUUCUUUCCUUUUUUUAAAAUAAUUAAUUGAUAUGAUACACAUUUAUGCAUACGUAUGUAUAGAAAAGAACUGAGAGAGACCUAACCCUUUUAAAUUUGAAAAUCAUUUGCUAAUGUACAGAAAUAAAAACGAAAAAGAACAAAAAAAAAUAAAAUAAAAUAAAUACACUGA